CGUUAACAGCUGUCCUGUCCCUCAGAGCAGAAGCACUGAAGAGAGGAGAGAGGUUGGUCCCUCUCGCUGAUCGGAACUUUUGGCCCUUUUAUCCGGGUCCCUCAGCCCUUGGGUGACUGCCCUUUGGUGUGGAGAUCUAGGCAAAGCCGCGGGACUGGCAGCCUGUCAUGGCGACCAGCGGGGACCCAGAGGAGGAGCAGGUCGUCCCAAGUGAGGAGGAUGAAACCAGUGUGAGGGCCGUGCAGGCCCACUACCUCCGGAGCCCCUCCCCCAGCCAGUACUCCAUGGUCUCAGAUGCAGAAACAGAAAGCAUCUUCAUGGAACCCAUUCACCUGUCUUCGGCUGUUGCAGCUAAACAGAUCAUCAAUGAAGAAUUCAAGCCGCGGGGGAUCAGAGCCGAGGCAGAGUGUCCAGGCAUGCUGGAGUCGGCCGAGCACCUGCUGGUGGAGGACCUGUACAACCGUGUUAGGGAGAAGAUGGACGACAGCAGCCUAUACAACACCCCCUGCAUCCUGGAUUUGCAGCGGGCCUUGGUCCAAGACCGCCAGGAGACCCCCUGGAAUGAGGUGGAUGAGGUCUGGCCCAAUAUCUUCAUAGCAGAGAAGAGUGUAGCUGUGAACAAGGCGAGGCUGAAGAGGCUGGGAAUUACUCACAUCCUCAAUGCCGCUCAUGGCACCGGCGUCUACACUGGGCCCGGAUUCUACACUGGCCUGGAGAUUCAGUACCUGGGUGUGGAGGUGGACGACUUUCCCGAGGUGGACAUCUCCCAGCAUUUCCGGAAGGCUGCCGAGUUCAUCGAUGAAGCCCUGCUGACCUAUAGAGGGAAAGUCCUGGUCAGUAGCGAGAUGGGCAUCAGCCGGUCAGCAGUGCUGGUGGUGGCCUACCUGAUGAUCUUCCACAACAUGGCCAUCCUGGAGGCCCUGAUGACUGUGCGUCAGAAGCGGGCCAUCUACCCCAACGACGGCUUCCUGAAGCAGCUCCGGGAGCUCAAUGAGAAGCUGAUGGAGGAGAGAGAAGAAGACUCCGGCCAGGAAGGGGGGACGGAUGAGGCUGAGGAGGGCGAGGACGCGGGGAGCAGCAGCAGGGCCAGGGUGGGCGCCCUCACGGUGGAGGAGGAGGACGACACCUCCAGCCACCUGAGCGGCUCCUCCCUGGGGAAGGCCAGCCAGGCCUCCAAGCCCCUCACCCUCAUUGACGACGACGAGGAGGAGAAGCUGUAUGAGGAGUGGAGGAAGGCGCGGGGCCUCCCCACAGCCAAGGCCCCCCCGGGGGGACACGGCAGGCGCUCAGCCUCCGGCCAAGAUGGCGGGGAGCCUGAAGACGAGGACGUGGACAGGAUGAUCCGGGAGUGGCAGAGCCGAAAUGAGAGGUACCAGGCGGAGGGGCAUCAGAGGUGGGGUAGAGAGGAGGCAGAGGUGGAGGCGGGCGACGCCGAAGGCUUCGUGACGAGGCGACGCAGGCACACCCUGAGCGAGAGCAGCACUUCGGCGAGCGUCCGCAGUCGCGACAUUCGGGUCCUGGAGCAGCAGCUGGAGAUGAGCGGCCAGAAGCGAGGGGGCAGGCGCCGCUCGGACUCCGUGUCCACCGAGAGCACCUGGGACGUGUGGAACCAGAGGCUGCUGGAGAUCGAGAGGGAAGCCUCCCGGGAGUAUCACUCCAGGAGCCAGAGGGAGGCGGCGGACGCAGGCUCCGAGGCGGGGAGCAGGGUGCGAGAAGACGACGAGGAGAGCGUGUCCUCCGAGGCCAGCUCGUUCUCCAACUUCUGCAGCAGGAACAAGGACAAGCUCACCGCCCUGGAAAGGUGGAAGAUCAAGAGAAUCCAGUUCGGAUUCCACAAGAAAGAGCUGGGGGCCGGGGACGGCAGCACCGAGCCAGGGGCGGAGGAGGCAGAGGGCGAGAGGCGUCUCUCCGACGUCGACCUGACGGCCUACCAGGCCUGGAAGCUGAAACACCAGAAGAAGGUGGGCAGCGAGAACAGGGAGGAGGUAGUGGAGCUCAGCAAGGGCGAGGACGCUGCCUCGGCCAAGAAGAGGCAGCGGAGGCUGGAGCUGCUGGAGAGGAGCAGGCAGACGUUGGAGGAGAGCCAGUCCCUGGGAAGCUGGGAGGCAGACAGCUCGGCGGCGGGCAGGAGCAUCCCCCUGUCCGCCUUCUGGUCUGCGGCCCCUUCGGUCAGUGCCGGGGAGGACGCGGCAUCGGUGUUCAGCACCCGGAGCCACGGCUCCCGCCCCUCUCAGGCUGGAAGCAACAGAGGGGGAUGCCCGGCCUCUGCCCCUGGCCCCGCACCGCCUGACCUGCCCGUGGGGCCGGGAGACACCAUUUCCAUCGCCAGCAUUCAGAACUGGAUUGCCAGCGUGGUCAGCGAAACUCUCGCCCAGAAGCAAAACGAGGGGCUGCUGUUGUCCUGCCCGCCGUCCGUGGCGAGCGCGAAGGCGGCACCGGAGGCCAGCUGCCUGGGGGAUGACCAGGUGUCCCUGCUCAGCGGACACAGCAGCUCCUCCCUGGGCGCCCGCCUGCUGCCCCGGGGCCAGCUGGGACCCGGCCCCGACUCUCAGUCCCUGCUGUCCUCCCGCACGGCGCCGGGCUCGAGGGCCGAAGGUCUUGGGAGCAAAGUCAGGGGGACCAGCAGGCCGGUCUACAGCCUCUUUGCUGACGACGUCGACCUGAAGGAGCUUGGCCGGAAGGAGAGGGAGAUACAAAUGGGGCUGAGGGAGAAGAUGUCCGAGUACAAGCUAGAGAAGCUGGCCUCCGACAACAAACGGAGCUCCCUCUUCAAGAAGAAGAAGGUCAAGGAAGAUGAGGAGGAGGAUGGGGGUGACAGGGACGAGGACACCGACAGUGCCAUAGGGAGCUUCCGGUACUCUUCCCGCAGCAAUUCCCAAAAACCCGAGACAGACACGUCCUCCUCCCUGGCUGGCCCUGAUCGCCGUGGAAGCGCUAGCAGCGUCGGCAAAGACACGGACGGCAGUAUCGCUAAGUGGCUCAGCGGCCUCAGGACAGAGGAAAAGCCUCCUUCCCAGAGCGACUGGUCUGGAAGCUCCAGGGGGAAGUACACCAGAUCUUCCCUGCUCCGGGAGACGGAGUCCAAGUCCUCCAGCUACAAGUUCUCCAAAUCGCAGUCGGAGGAACAGGACACGUCCUCCUACCAUGAGGCCAGUGGCAACUCCGUAAGGAGCACCUCACGGAUCUCUUCCUCCUCUACCCGGGAGGGCAGAGAGAUGCACAGAUUCUCCCGGUCGAUGUUCAGCGAGACCUCAAGCUCCCGGGAGGAGAGCCCGGAGCCCUACUUCUUCCGCCGGACCCCUGAGCCCUCAGAAGGGGAAGAGUCCCCGGAACCACGGCGUCGGAACUGGGCCAGGCCCAGGGACUGGGAAGACGUGGAAGAGUCGUCCAACUCAGACUUUUCUGAAUUCGGAGCCAAGAGGAAAUUCACCCAGAGCUUCAUGAGGUCUGAGGAGGAGGGAGAGAAAGAGAGGAUGGAAAGCAGAGAAGAAGGGAGGUUUGCUUCGGGGCGGCGGUCCCAGUAUCGGAGAAGCACGGACGGAGAGGAAGAGAAAGAAAUGGACGAUGAAGCCAUCAUCGCUGCCUGGAGACGUCGGCAGGAAGAAACCAGGACUAAGCUGCAGAGAAGGAGGGAGGAUUAAGCUGGGCCAGGCGGACCUGGGAGACUGAGAACAUGGCAAGAAGCCGCGCGGCUUAGCACAGGGAUCAGGACACACAUUGCCACCACCCGCCAAGGGACAGGGAUGUGGAAAGGAUCGUCCUGAGGGGCGGAGCCUAAAAGAGAGGUACCAGGCAGCGGGGCCCCAGAGGUGCGAUAGAGGGGAGGAGGAGAGCCGUCGGCGUGCGGUCUGCAUGCUAGGCCACCUGGCACCGUUUUCUGUUGCCCGGCGUCCUCUUGACCUUUGACGCUUCCCUCGUGUAGUUGACAGUGUCCGUCACCUACUGGCGAGGUGAGCUCGUGAUGGAACCAGAGCUUGCCAGAGACCUCGGCUUACGUCCGCGGGAGGACUGAAUGCAGGACGUGGUUCUGUGUGUGGUUCUGUAACGAGACGCAGGAAAUGUCUCCUGUGGCAAGUCUCCCCUCUCCUGACAAAGCUGAGUUCUGGUUGCUCCUUUUCAGUGCUUUGGCUCUCCAUUAAAGUGGUAUGUUGUCAAACA